AUGGAAAUAGAUGACUUAAAUCUACGAAACCCUGUGCAAGUUGGAUAUUAUGAUCCAUUUAAUGUAUAUCCAUUAAUUAAAGAUGAAUUGCAGAGUAAGCUUCCCCUAACCAAUUUGCAUUGGAAAUACAAUAUAUCCAAGCCAUUGAAGUCAAUACCCUUGUUACCGGUAACAUUUGUGGAAGAAGUGCCUAAGCACACACUGGUAAAGGAAAAUGAUAAGAUGUACUCGAGGAUAAUGUUUAUAAAGUAUGAAAAUUUGGAUACUUACAGAGCACAAGUCAGACCGUUGAUUAAAGAAUGGCUCAAACAGCUUGUGAGCGACUCAGAGGUAGAAUGGGCGAUUAUUUUACUUAUGGGAUCUAGCCUGAAGGAUAAACUGUCCACAAUAAUUAAAACGUCUAUCUUUGAUAAACUAAAAAUUGAUUUUGGAAUUGAUGGGAAAGAAUUGCAGACAUUACCAGUGGACUCAGGCGUCAAGGAGAGAUGUUUUAAGCUUCGGGAAGUAUAUGAAGAUGAUAUGACGAAAUUGGAAUCCUACAAUGAGUUGAUAAAUCAUAUGAAAGAUUUCUUAGUGUCAUCAUUUAAUAAUAAGUAUGUGUCGUUCAAUCAAAUGAUCUACAACCAUCAAGCAACGGAUUUCAAGGCAUUCAUAUUAAAGUUGAAACUAGCGGAUUUAUUGAACGAUAUGCGUUUGUUGAAUGAUUCUUUAAGCAUAUAUAAUGAGCUAUCAAAUGACUUAAAUAAGUUAUAUUAUGCUAAUCCCUCUAAAUUUGAGACAGAGAUUACACAUAUUCCUUCGGACUUAAAUGGUUACCAGUUUGAGCAAUCAUUUAGUUCGAUUAGCAUUAAGAAUUCGCUUAACAAGGAGAAAAUUAAUUUAUUCGAAUUGAAAAGUUUGAUAUUCGUAAAUCAAUCUUCGUUAUUACAGCUAUUAGCAAACUACGCCAAUUCCAUUUCAUUGUCAUCAAUUUCCAUAUCGAGCAUAUAUCAAAAAUUAUUAUACUUUUUAAACGAUUUGUCGAAUAUUUUUGGAGAUAAAUUGAAUGAAUGGAUAUUUGUGGUCAUUGAUAAUUAUCUUAAGUUACCUAUUUGUAAUAAAAUUAUGAAUGACAAUAUGAAAAGUUCAGAUGGUGAGCAAUAUUAUCAAUUGAGUGAAAUCUUGGAAUUCAAAGGAGAAUUGAAAUUAGCUCAGAGAUCUAAGUUGGCUAAAGUUGCAAAUUCACACGGUUACGCCAUUAAUGGCAUCAAUGAAAUACUUGAAGAAAUAUCCUUGAAUGAUGAUACAUCUUCUAAGAAUACAUCCGAGCUAUCAUACAAACCACUUCUAGAAAUAUUGCUGAAUGAAAACACCUAUUAUAAGCAUUUUGAGAAAUUAACAGAAUUGAUAAUUCAUGAUUUUGUUAAUUCCGGACGAACUAAGACAAUUGACAUUUUAAGCAUUGAUCUUGCCUUAUUGAAUUACCAAAUCGGUAACUAUCAGGAGUCAUUAAAUAUUUUACAAGAUUCUUAUGAGUUCUUUAUUAAUAAUAGUUGGAAUUUCAUGGGUGGAAUUUUAUUAGAAAUAUAUUUAAAUUGCACUGAAAAAUUAGAUCAAAGUGACUAUAGUUUAAUUUCAUUAACAUGUCUAAGGUUGUUUUCAAAUCUUGUCAAUCCUAAAAAUGGAAAAUACGGAAUUAAUAAUUAUAAAUUGAUCAAACCGAAAGUUAAAAUCGCGAGGUUAUUUGAAAAGAUUGAAGAAUUCUCCGGCAAAUUAAAUGAGCUGAUUGAAUUCCCUCUUGAAAAAAUCUUUAAAGUGGAUAUCAAACCAUUUAUUCAGAGUGAUGAGUCCACGUAUGCGGACAAAUAUUUUAUCCAAAUUAAUUUAACUAAUUAUUAUGGUAUCGAAUUUAGUUUCAAGGAGAUCAAGUUGAUGCUAGAAAAUAGUGAGGGAGUAACCUCUUUUAAUAUUGAGAAUGUUAUGAUUUCCAAUAACGUUGAUAAUACCCUUAAAUUAUAUUCAAACAAUUUUAAAUUCGGCUCAUUCAACCCAUCUAAUAUAACCGUCAAAAUUAAUAAUAAUUUAUGUUUUACGAAGCGAUACAGUAGUGAAAAUGGUACUGAAAACGAUGAUACGAUUAUUCAAUAUAACAAUGAAACAAUCUUGAAAGAUUCGUUUUUGAACGAUUCUGAAUCUAGGGACAUUGUGGUUGCCCAUAAUAAAUGGACUUCGGACAUGUUUUUUUACCAAAGUCUAUCUAAGUUUUCGUGCGAGUUUUGCACUCCUAUUGAUAUUGACUUGGAGUCUACUGAAAUAAUAUUGAGAAUCAAAAAUGGACAUAACAAUGUCGAAGACGUAAAAAUCGAUAUAAUUUCGAAUACGAAUGGUCUAAAGAUCAAUAAGGAGCUUUUAAAAGAUAGGCUUAAAAUCAUGACCCUAUCUUCUAAAGAGUCAAUUGACAUCAAAAUCCCGUAUUCCUAUUAUCGCGAUAAUAAAAUUAUUAGCUUGAAAGCAAAUAUAUCAUAUUCUUCGAAUGGUGAGAAUUUUAGCCAUUUCAUAAUUGACCAAGUGGAUACGACGCUAACUAUAUCCGUUUCAGUACAAGACAUAUUUAAGUCGCAGUAUAUCUUCUCCAAAUUUCAGGUAGGUACUUCGAAUCCAAAGUUACCUAUAAGAAUACUAUCUAAUGAUUUAACAACAAAAAAUGAGAAUUAUAGCAUUAUUAGUCCAAAGCACUCUCCAAGACCGAUAACUUUCGGCGACCAACCCGCAUCUUAUUUUUAUAAAAUCAUUCCAAAGUCUGAUUAUAGUAUUAAAUCUUUAGAUUCGUUGGAUUUAAGGGUCGAAUAUUCAGAUUUAAAAAAUGAAUGUUAUGAUAUAAUUCAAAGUUUUCUUUUGCAUAGAUUGCAAGAUUUACAGUUACGUAAAUAUUGGUUCUUGAUAAAGUCAUUACUCUUCAAAGACAUAAGUUUCGAUUUAAACAAUUAUGCUGUCAAUCUGGAAGUCAGAAUUAUUAAUAACCGUGAAAUAGAAUUGCUAAUUGAAAAGGCGUUACUAAAACAUAUAGAAGAAACAGAAGAUAAGAAGAAACUAAUAGAAUUAUUCAAACAUGUUUUGUUUGAUAAUGAAUUCAAAUUUGAAGUAAUGCCUAAUUUCGAAAACAAACAGUUGAUAAUUUCAGUUCCUAUUCCAGUCUUGAAUAUUUUGCAAAUAAUUGAAUUCGAGUUUGAAAGAAAACCUCAAUAUUUGGUAGGCGAGCCUAUACUUAUGAAUUUAAAGAUCGAAUCUAUUACUAAAUGGUCGAAUAAUAAAGUUAAAGCUGGCUCUGAAGAUGAGAUUGAGAUACUUGCAGAAUCGUCACCGAGUAAACCAGAAAAACCUUCUGUACAGAAAGAGAAUUUCCAGCUUUCCAUCCAGACUGAUGACAACUGGCUAAUUUCAGGAUUCAGAAAAGAAUCAUUCCAAAUUGAUUAUGUUGCAAAUGAAAAUAAAAGCAACUUUGAAGUAGUUCUAAUACCCUUAACAGUUGGUAGGUUACUCUUGCCAAAGAUAAAUGUUAGAACUUUAGACAAUUUAGAAAACGAUUUCUCGAUGGACAUUAAUUUCAAAAAUGGAUUAGAGACGCUAUUAGUUGUGCCGGAUGUAAAUAGUAUCACUUUUUCAUUCUAG